AGAUCCAAAUCUCAAAUCUCGCCCACAUUUUCAGUUCUCUUGCUCAAACUGUCUGAACCUCCCUCAGCCUCGGCUCGGCGGCGAUCAAUGGGGUUUCCAGCUGUGGACGGUCAAGAUAAGCCGAUCAAGUUCUUGAUCUACGGCCGUACCGGCUGGAUUGGCGGCCUUCUCGGUAAGAUCUGUAAAGAGCAAGGAAUCAACUUCGAGUACGGUUCCGGCCGCCUCGAGGACCGCGCCUCGAUCGAAGCCGAUAUUGGCGCCGUUAAGCCGACUCAUGUAUUGAACGCCGCCGGCGUUACAGGCCGUCCCAACGUCGAUUGGUGUGAGUCGCAUAAGGUCGAGACCAUCCGUACUAACGUCGUCGGGACCUUGAACCUCGCCGACAUUACUCGGGAGCGAGGACUUCUUCUUCUCAACUACGCCACUGGAUGUAUAUUCGAGUACGAUUCUGCUCACCCGCUCGGGUCCGGUAUCGGAUUCAAGGAGGAGGAUAAGCCUAACUUCAUCGGAUCCUUCUACUCCAAUACCAAGGCCAUGGUUGAGGAACUGCUCAAGAACUAUGAAAAUGUCUGCAUUUUGCGUGUAAGAAUGCCCAUCUCAUCAGAUUUAUCAAACCCUCGCAACUUCAUUACAAAGAUCUCUCGAUACGAGAAGGUUGUCAACAUCCCCAACUCCAUGACGAUCUUGGAUGAACUACUACCCAUUUCGGUUGAGAUGGCAAAGAGAAAUCUCACCGGAAUAUGGAACUUCACAAACCCUGGAGUGGUCAGCCACAAUGAGGUCUUGGAGUUGUACCGCAAUUACAUUGACCCAACCUACACAUGGAAAAACUUUGAUCUUGAAGAGCAGGCUAAGGUGAUCGUUGCCCCAAGGAGCAACAACGAGCUUGACACCACAAAAUUGAGCAAAGAAUUCCCUGAAAUGUUGUCCAUCAAGGAAUCCCUCAUCAAGUAUGUAUUCAAGCCCAACCAGAAGACUGGCAAGGCUUGAAAACCUUUGUGUAGGUUUGAACUUUUCGUGUUUCUCUUAUUGCUAUUUAUUUGAUUCAGUUCAAAGUGGUCAUUAUGAUUUCUCCGCUAUAAUACCACCACCUAUCUUUCCCUUAAGGCAAGUACAAGUAGUAAGUACGCUGUAUUUGUAUUUGAAUGUCUUAUAAUUAAUCAAACGAAUGAAAAAACAGCUAGUGGGAACUUGAAAAUCUUUCAUCAAUUUUAAAUUAUGUAAGGUGUGGUGGUGGUGGUGGUGGUGGUGGUGGUGGUGGUGUUGUACGGGAAUUUCAUACUAUUGUUGUGAUCUUAGACUUGGGCAUUUUAUUAAUUGGCUUGGCUUGUGUACUUGACUCUUGGUAAUCGGCCUUUUCCUAAGCCAGACAGAUCAAUACAUGAUCGCCUUUUUGGUUAAUAAAAUAUAUUUUGAUUGAUGGACA